AUGCUGGAAUUCAAAAAUCCUUUUGGUAACCCAUUCCGAGUGGAAAGAACGGAAGCGAAAGAGAAACGAGUCGGAGAAUUCAGCUACAUUCCUUCAGCUUAUUGUCAACUAAUGGAUGAAAUGAUUGGAAGGAGGACUAGGCCGUGGAAUGCUGAUCGCAUUCCUAUAAAGCCUCUUCAGACUUUUACUUUACCAGAAAUGACCCGUGAAGAGUUAAUAUUUGCUCGAUUGAUGGAGAAUUGCGCUUGCAAGUCGACUAUUGCAGCAAUUGCUGGUUUUGGUCUUGGCAUUGUUUUCGGUUUAUUUACUGCUUCAGUUGAUCCGCAGGCAACUAUGGCAUUUGGAGCUAAUCUAACAAAAAUUCCAACAUUGAAAGAAAUGUGGUUGGAAUCGAAGUUACGAAUGCGUUCGUAUGGAAAGAACUUUGCUUCUAUAGGAUUUUUAUUUACGGGCACUGAAUGCUUAGUGGAAAGUUAUCGAGCAUGUAAUGAUUGGAAAAAUGGUACUUUAGCUGGAGCAAUUGUUGGUGGUUUGAUUGGUCUUCGUGCAGGUGUAAAGCCAGCUGCGUUAGGUGCGGCAGGUUUUGCUGCAUUUUCAAGUGUUAUUGAUUACUACAUGAAAUACAGGUAG